UCUAAACAAUAAAACCAUGGGGGAGAAGCCAAAUCAAACCAACCCAGUUGAGCAAUAUAUCUUAUUGGCUAAACAAGCAAAAGGAGCAGCUGCUGUUCAACUAGUCAAGCAAGUGCUGGAGGCACCUGAGGUUUAUGUCUUCGGGGAACUCAUGGAUAUGCCAAAUAUUACAAAUCUCAAAAAUAAUCCUCAGCAUGCACCAUAUUUUGAGCUUCUGCAACUUUUUGCAUAUGGAGUUUAUGGCGAUUACAUAAAAGAAUCGUCCAAAUUUCCACAAUUAACUCCGACAAUGCUGACCAAGCUGAGGCACCUUACAAUUGUUUCCAUGGCAACAGGACAGAAAAGCAUCCCGCUAGUAACUCUAGGCAACCAGUUGGGUCUCACCUCCACCAGAGAACUAGAGGACUUGAUUAUUGAGGCUAUGUAUACAGAUAUUAUUCAUGGAAAAUUGGACCAAAAAAAUGGUAUAUUAGAACUAGAUCAUGCAAUUGGUCGGGACAUCAAGCCAGAGGAUUUGCCUAACAUUGUAGCAACUUUACAAUCUUGGUGUGACACAUGUGACACUAUGCUUGCUAAUAUUGAUCAGCUGAUCACCCGUGCUAAUUCAGACAAGGAGAAACACCUAAAGCAUCGUAAUUCAUUAGAAACUGAGGUCCCGAUGAUGCCGGAUUAGUGAUGGUCAACCUGUAACUCCCUGGGUGGUUGCUGUCUACCAACCUACUACCUACUACCUAGGGUAUAUAAAAGUGCUGAACAUUAAAGCUUCACUUAAAACUCAAGCUCAGGAAGGAGAUGAGGCAUUGGUUUCAGAUUCCCGUGAUCAUGAUAAAAAACGGCCAGCGAAGAAAGGAAUCCGUGCUUCAUCUUCAAAGUUUUGGCCAAAAA